CACAUUGGUCUGUCUUUUUUACAGACAGACAUUUGGGCAGACAACAGCUAAAGCUUUCUGCUCCCUCCCUUCCCCAAGUAUUUGCAAAAUGGAUUCCCAAAGGGAACUCACUGAAGAACUCAGACUCUACCAAUCCACCCUUCUUCAGGAUGGCCUCAAAGAACUCCUGGAAGAGAAAAAAUUUGUAGAUUGCUCCCUAAAAGCUGGUGACAGAAGUCUGCCUUGCCACAGAUUGAUUCUGUCAGCAUGUAGCCCUUAUUUUCGUGAGUAUUUCUUAUCUGAGCAAAAUGAAGAGAAAAAGAAGGAGGUGGUUCUAGAUAACGUAGAUCCCAACAUCCUGGAUAUGAUUGUCAAAUACCUUUAUUCAGCAACUAUUGAUCUUAAUGAUUCUAACGUGCAAGAUAUUUUUGCCUUGGCCAGUCGCUUCCAGAUCCCUUCUGUAUUCACCGUGUGUGUCUCCUAUCUUCAGAAGAGGCUUGCUGUCGGUAACUGUCUGGCUAUCCUUCGAUUAGGUGUUUUGCUUGAUUGCCCAAGACUUGCAUUUUCUGCUCGUGAUUUUGUCUCAGAUCAUUUUGUGCAGAUCUGCAAAGAAGAGGACUUCCUGCAGCUUGCACCAAAUGAACUUAUCUCAGUUAUUUCACCUGACAGCUUAAACGUAGAGAAGGAAGAACUGGUAUUUGAAGCAGUAAUGAGAUGGGUUCGGUCAGACAAGGAGAACAGAGUAAAGAGCCUAGGAGAAGUUUUUGACUGCAUACGUUUUCGUCUUAUGCCAGAAAAAUAUUUCAAAGAACAUGUUGAGAAGGACGAUAUAAUUAAAAGCAACUCAGAUAUUCAGAAAAAAGUAAAGAUUAUUAAGGAUGCUUUUGCUGGAAAACUGCCUGACUCUAGCACAAAUAAAGAAAAGUCAAACAAAGGGGAAGUAAAUGGUGAUGUGGGAGAUGAAGAUUUACUGCCGGGCUACCUAAAUGACCUUCCCAGGCACGGCAUGUUUGUCAAAGACCUAAUUCUUCUGGUUAAUGACACUGCUGCGGUAGCUUAUGAUCCUCUCGAAAAUGAAUGCUAUCUGGCAGCCCUGGCAGAACAGAUUCCCAGAAACCAUUCCAGUAUAGUCACCAAACAAAAUCAGGUCUACGUUGUUGGAGGACUGUAUGUGGAAGAGGAGAACAAAGAUCAGCCUUUCCAAUCCUACUUCUUCCAGCUGGAUAGCGUUGCUGGAGAGUGGGUUGCCCUUCCUCCACUGCCGUCAGCCAGGUGCCUCUUCGGGCUGGGAGAGUCAGACGACAAGAUCUAUGUAAUUGCAGGCAAGGACCUUCGCAAUGAGGAGUCUCUAGAUUCAGUUUUGUGCUAUGACCCUGUGGCAAUGAAAUGGGGUGAGAUCAAAAAACUACCCAUCAAAGUAUAUGGCCAUGCUACCAUCUCAAACAAUGGAUUGAUAUAUUGUCUCGGUGGAAAAACUGAUGAUAAGAAAUGUACUAAUAGAGUAUUUGUAUACAAUCCAAAGAAAGGAGACUGGAGAGACCUGGCUCCAAUGAAAGUGGCUCGCUCAAUGUUUGGAACAGCCAUCCAUAAAGGCAAGAUUUUCAUUGCCGGUGGUGUCACUGAAGAAGGCCUUACUUCAUCUGUUGAAGCUUUUGAUCUGACCACAAAUAAGUGGGAGAUUGUGCCUGAAUUUCCCCAGGAGCGAAGUUCUAUCAGUUUAGUCAACUUAAGUGGAUCUUUGUAUGCUAUUGGAGGUUUUGCAAUGAUUCAGCUCGAAUCUAAAGAAUUUGCACCCAGUGAAGUCACUGACAUAUGGAAGUAUGAUGAUGAAAAGAAGGAAUGGAUUGGCAUACUGAAAGAGAUCCGAUAUGCGACUGGAGCUUCCUGCUUGGCUACACGUUUAAAUCUCUUCAAGCUGUCGAAGCUGUAAACAAAAUGCUGAAAAAUUCGAUAUGAUGCAGGAGUUUUCAUAGGCUCUUCUGAAUUUGUUGCAUGAAAACAUCUCCAGACUGUUCAGAGUUUUGUAGCGGCAUACUAGUUAUACUGUUAACUGUUAAACAGUUCAUCUGUCUAUCCAAGUCUUAAGGUAUUUACCAGCCAAUCAAUAAGAAGCGAAUUUUUGCUAACCUUUAAAAUCCUGAAGAAUUCUAAUUAAUGUUAUUAGAAUAAAUGAAGACUUCUACUCCAUGGAAAAUAGAACUGGUUAAAUAUCCUUACUCUCAGUCCAGAAAUCUGAAUCUGUUGAUCUGAAAACAGUGCUCAAAAAUGAAUGGAUUAAGUUAAAUACAACUACUAGGUGCUGAUUUUAUUCUAACCAGCUGUUUGUACAGCCUGAUUUCUCCCUUCAACAGUGUAAGCAACUCCUGCAUUCUUUAGUCAUUUUGAAAAUAUUUUCAGUGGAGCCUUCUAAAAAAUAAUUAAUUUAGCCUGGAAUUGAAGUGCAUAUUGAAAACAGAAGCACUUAGCCAGAGUAGGCAGCUGUGAGGAAAAAAAGAGAAUUUCAUAGGGGUAAUAGCUUUGCCUAUUAUGUUUUGGUUUCUCAUGACAAGGAUUUCCAUUUUUUUUUAUGCUUUUGUAUUUAUUUCCAAAGCAAAUAUUUAAUGGUAAGUUUUCUCAGAGAUCCGAGGCCAUUAACAAGCAUUCAUGGAAAAAUGCUAGAACAACUGCACGAGUAAGCACCUACCUAAGAAAUAAUUGAUGCAUUUUAAUGUUUAAACUCCUAACUAGUAAUGAUUAAACUUCGUUUUUAAUGCUGUUAAAAUAUCA